CUAAUGAACUGCCUAAUGGUGCCUAUAACUGAUUAUCUAUUGUUCCUGUCCAAAGGUCUUCACAAGUUCAGGCCGAUGUUGUCUAUGUAUGAUUAACCAAUGUGCAUGUCCAGUAGCCUUCACAAGAUCAGAUAUGUCACGUCUUGUGUUGGUCUACCUUGCCUCGUCUACUCUUGCUUACGUUCUGUUUUUGACAUGUCUAAUGGUUAACUUGAUGUUGAUCCAGCUUUGUACAUUCACAUAGGCUCAGCCUUCAUUCUGCUUACACAUGCCUAAUAUUUAACCUUAUAUCGAUUUCUACUUCAAAGAGAACAGUACAGGUACUGAAAAUCACCAGACAUUCUCUAACACUACCCAUAUAUAAUUUAUAAACAUUUCUAAUAAUUAAAACCAAAUCAAAUCUAAGUUUAUUUGUCAUGUGCGCUGAAUAGAACCUUACAGUGAAAUGCUUACUUACAGGCCCCAACCAGUCCAUCAGUGUGUUCUAGUGUGUUCAAGCUGGAGAAGAUGCUGGAGCCCCAGGUGUGGAGAGAGGCAGCCACACAGGUGUUUUCUGCCCUUGGCCUGCUUCGGGGGAGUCAUCACCUUCUCCAGCUACAACAAGAUAGACAACAACUGACACUUUGAUGUCAUGCUUGUCUCCUUUAUAAACUUUGUCACCUCCAUCCUGGCUACUCUGGUGGUGUUCACUGUGCUGGGCUUCAAGGCAAACCUUAUGAAUGAGAAGUGUGUCAUAGGGCAGUUGAUUUGAACUCACACUAUCGGACGUAGGGUAAGUUGAGUCAAAGGGAUAAGUUGAGCCACCCUUGUUUUUAGGAAACCAUACACAAAAUGAAUCAUGUGGCCAAAUAUUUAGGACUAGGUCAUAAUUUCAUAGAGUAUGAAUGAAGAAACCACAUCGAAAAAGUGGUAUGCAAGUUAGGUCCAAAAAACUGAAAACUGGUUUUCACAAAGUCAAAUGAGUGUAUUGUGUUAUAAGUUAUUGUGUCAUGAUGCUUGUAUCUAAAUCAAAGUAUAUAUUUUUAAGAUUGUUUUAUACAUCAGUUGGGGUCUUUAUAAGCUACCAUAUGAGGUCCUAAACCUAGCAUGAAAGUGCAUCCCUGUAGCUGUGUGGGUUAAUAUAGUCAAAAUGUUUGCCUUGGGGUAAGUUGAGCCAAUGGCCACCAUACCCCAUACAAACGAUGAUUACAUUUGGUCAGUUUUAUGCAUAAAACUGAUAGUAUUUUUGCAAUGUGUCAUGCGUAUGAACUCAAGUGCAUUUUAUUGUUACAGAGAAGACAUCAUCAUAUCCUGUGCAUACAGACAUAUAAAGGGCAGGGGUAUCGCCCCCCCCCCCUUGAGGUUCUUGAGAGAGCAGCCAAGGAAGUGAGAGAAAGGAAGAAGUCCAUUCGAGCAGGAGACGAGGGAUGAAAAAAUUGACUGAAUGACAUUGAAGAGAAAUGCAGAGAAGAUCAUUGGCUGCCUGAACUCUAACGUGCUGAGUCAUGACCUCAUUCUGCCACACGUGAACUUCUCCCAGCUGUCCACCGUAGACUACACUGAGAUUUACGGUGUCAUCAAGACGGUGAAGGAAGGCAGCUUCGCCAAGCUGGGCCUGGACACUUGUGUUCUGGAGGAUGAGCUCAACAAGGUGCAGUGGGUCUGUUUGUCCGGGCUGUGAGCUCUACAUCAUCCAUCAUCAACUGGGUCUGAAUAUGAUCUUCACAACACCAUACCAACUAGGCUUUCUCUAGUCAUCCUUAUGCUGUCAGUGCAGGGUACAGGCUUGGCCUUCAUUGCCUUCACAGAGGCCAUGACUCAUUUCCUGGCCUCUCCCUUCUGGUCCGUCAUGUUCUUCUUCAUGCUCAUCAACCUGGGCCUGGGCAGUAUGAUCAGCACCAUGACAGGCAUCACCACGCCCGUCCUCGACACCUACAAGAUCCAGAAGGAGCUCUUCACAGUGUGCUGCUGUAUCAUAGCCUUUAUCUGUGGCCUGCUCUUCGUCCAGCGCUCUGGGAACUACUUUGUCAUCAUGUUUGAUGACUAUUCUGCUGGUCUGCCACUCACUGUCGUGGUCAUCCUAGAGAAUGUGUCAGUGGCCUGGAUUUACGGCACCAAGAGGUUUAUGCAGGACCUGGAGGAUAUGUUGGGUUUCCGGCCCCAUGCCUUCUAUUUCUACAUGUGGAAGUACGUCUCCCCUUGUUGUCUCAUUGUUCUCAUUAUGGCUACUGUCAUUGAGAUGGCCAUCAGCCCGCCAGGGUACAACGCAUGGGUGGAGGAACUGGCUCAGGAGCGUUUCCAGAGCUACCCUCCCUGGGCAUUGGCCAUGUGCUUCUCCCUCAUUGUGAUGGCCAUGCUUCCUCUCCCCAUCGUCUUCAUCGCCCGCCACUUCAACCUGAUGUCUGAUGGCUCCAACAAGUUGUCCGUCUCCUACCGCAAGAGCAUGAUGAAGGACAUCUCCAACCUGGAGGAGGUGGACGAGACGCACUUCAUCCUGGGCAAGAACCCAAGAGAGACACCUUUGCCCAAGCCCCCGUCCCAAGCCAACCUAGUCCCCCCAGGCACCAAACCCCUGGAGAACUCAACUCCUCGUCCGCCAACAGCUGCUACCGGACGGUGGCCCUAUAACCCACACCACCCCCGUCACCCCCACUGUCCCUGAGUCCAACUCAUGAUCACUGUCUAUCCUCUUCAUGUUCCUGCCCCUAGCCUGCCCCUAAACCCCUAACGAUCACCCUCCUACAGGCCAACUCACAUUUAACCCUACAGAGUCUCACCACCAGAGGGACCUGCAGCACUGCCCAAAACACCUCCACCCUCACGCUAUGAGUGACCCUAGUCACAGGACACCCCUCUCCCGCUCUCCAACAGACCCAGAUUUUAGAGUUUACCGCAGCAGGGGCUGCUUUGACAAGGAACCACAUGGUCAGGUGUCUAAGAUAUUACAGUGGUGUAUCCCUAAUGGAGUGUAUUCAGUGCUGGACACGCAGUAUGUUCUGGUCUAGAGGACAGGCAGCAGUAUUCUUAUUAUGCUCUGCUCUGCUUAUUGCAGACAGUUUAGGGGAAUGUAGAGAAAAUCAUAUUUACGUUGGCAUUAAGUGACACUCAAUGUGAGUAUCUAUACAGUGCAUUUGGAAAGAAUUCAGACUUUUUCCACAUUUUAAGUUACAGCCUUUGAAUAAGGCUGUAACUUAUUAUUGUCCUCAUCACUCUAUGCACAAUACCCCAUAAUUACAAAGCGAAAACUGUUUUUUAUGAAUGUCUGCAAAUGUAUUAAAAAUUUUAAAAAACAGACCCUUUGCUAUGAGA